AGGAGCGGGCUUGCACUGCCGGGCAGUAGCCAGGACCAGAUCCACUUGCAGGUUGCUGUUCCCAGCCAUGGCUUCGCGCUGCUGGCGCUGGUGGGGCUGGUCGGCGUGGCCUCGGACCCGGCUGCCUCCCGCCGGGAGCACCCCGACCUUUGGGGGUUCAGGAAGAGACCCUGCAAAUGCCAAAGCCUUGAGGAACAAGAGAAGGAGGAUGCAGGUGAGGGUGAAGCUUGGGAAGUUCCAGCUUCUCUUGGAUAUUCAGGAGAAGACCCCCCAGAUCUGUGUGGUGGGCAGUGGCCCAGCGGGCUUCUACACGGCCCAACACCUGCUAAAGCACCCCCAGGCCCACGUGGACAUCUACGAGAAACAGCCCGUGCCCUUUGGCCUGGUGCGCUUUGGCGUGGCGCCUGAUCACCCCGAGGUGAAGAAUGUCAUCAACACAUUUACCCAGACGGCCCACUCUGGCCGCUGUGCCUUCUGGGGCAACGUGGAGGUGGGCAGGGACGUGACGGUGCCGGAGCUGCGGGAGGCCUACCAUGCUGUGGUGCUGAGCUACGGGGCAGAGGACCAUCGGGCCCUGGAAAUUCCUGGUGAGGAGCUGCCAGGUGUGUGCUCCGCCCGGGCCUUUGUGGGCUGGUACAACGGGCUUCCUGAGAACCAGGAGCUGGAGCCAGACCUGAGCUGUGACACAGCCGUGAUUCUGGGGCAGGGGAACGUGGCUCUGGACGUGGCCCGCAUCCUACUGACCCCACCUGAGCACCUGGAGAGAACGGACAUCACGAAGGCAGCCCUGGGUGUACUGAGGCAGAGUCGAGUGAAGACAGUGUGGCUAGUGGGCCGGCGUGGACCCCUGCAAGUGGCCUUCACCAUUAAGGAGCUUCGGGAGAUGAUUCAGUUACCGGGAGCCCGGCCCAUUUUGGAUCCCGCGGAUUUCUUGGGUCUCCAGGACAAGAUCAAAGAGGUCCCCCGCCCAAGGAAGCGGCUGACGGAACUGCUGCUUCGAACGGCCACAGAGAAGCCAGGGCCGGAGGAGGCUGCCCGCCAGGCAUCGGCCUCCCGUGCCUGGGGCCUCCGCUUUUUCUGAAGCCCCCAGCAGGUGCUGCCCUCACCAGAUGGGCGGCGGGCAGCAGGUGUCCGCCUAGCAGUCACUAGACUGGAGGGUGUCCAUGAGGCCACCCGUGCAGUGCCCACGGGAGACAUGGAAGACCUCCCUUGUGGGCUGGUGCUCAGCAGCAUUGGGUAUAAGAGCCGCCCUGUCGACCCGAGCGUGCCCUUUGACUCCAAGCUUGGGGUCAUCCCCAAUGUGGAGGGCCGGGUUCUGGAUGUGCCAGGCCUCUACUGCAGUGGCUGGGUGAAGAGAGGACCUACAGGUGUCAUAGCCACAACCAUGACUGACAGCUUCCUCACCGGCCAGAUGCUGCUGCAGGACCUGAAGGCUGGGCUGCUGCCCUCUGGCCCCAGGCCUGGCUACGCAGCCAUCCAGGCCCUGCUCAGCAGCCGAGGGGUCCGGCCAGUCUCUUUCUCAGACUGGGAGAAGCUGGAUGCCGAGGAGGUGGCCCGGGGCCAGGGCACAGGGAAGCCCAGGGAGAAGCUGGUGGAUCCUCAGGAGAUGCUGCGCCUGCUGGGGCACUGAGCCCAGCCCCCGCCCCCGCCCCCAGCAGGGAAGGAGUGAGUGUUGGGAGGGGAAGGGCUGGGUCCGUCUGAGUGGGACUGUGCACCUCUGCUGAUCCCGGCCGGCCCUGGCUUGGAGGCUUGGCUGCUCUUCCAGCGUCUCUCCUCCCUCCUGGGGAAGG